UGCGCCUGCUGCGGGACGGGGACGUGGGACCGGGAGAUGGGACCGGAACGAGGGAUCGGGACCGGGAGCGUGAAAUGAGGUGUCUCUGUGCUUUCGACCCCCAUGCUAUGAUCACAUCCCACAAAAACUGGGAUCUGGGAUCCAGGCCCUCCACCAGAGCCACCUGGAAGACGAAGGACCUUCCUGUGGCCGGAGGACGGCUCUGUGGUGGGAAACGUUCCAGCCUGCUGGCCACCCGGCCCUUCCCAGUGAUCCAGAAGGUGAUGGUCUCCAUGGCUCAUCUACAGGAGGAGAAGCUGCAGCUGCAGGAGAAGCUGCUGGGGUUGCAAGAGAAGCUCGCUGCCCGGGAGAGCGAUGAGCUUUCCCUCUCUCUCCAGCUGCAAGGCCAGGUUGAGAUGCUGAAGGGGAAACUCCUGGAGCAGGCACAGGAGAUCAGCCGGCUGCACUCGGAGCUGGGUGGCACAGACGUGGAGAAACACCGGGACUUGCUGGUGGCUGAGAAUGAGCGGUUGCGGCAGGAGAUGAAGGUGAUGGCAGGGGAUCUGCAGGAACUGCAGCGGCCGCCAGCACCUUGCCAGGACUGCAUCCACCUCCAGCGGGAGGUGGAGGAGAUGCGGGCCAGGCUGGCAGAGUUGGACCUGGAGGUGCAGCAGAAGACGAACCGCCUGGCUGAGGUGGAGCUGAGGCUCAAGGACUCCCUGGCCGAGAGAGCUGAGGAGGAGGAGAGGCUCAGUCGGCGGCUGCGGGACAGCCAGGAGACCAUUGCCAGCCUCAAGUCCCAGCCCCAGCAGAUAAAGUACAUCAUCAAGACAGUGGAGGUGGAGUCAGUCAAGAUGAAGCAAGCCCUGAGUGAGAGCCAGUCCCGAAACCAGUACUUGCAGGAGCAGGUGGGGAUGCAGCGGCAGGUGCUGAAGGAGAUGGAGCAGCAGCUGCAGAACUCCCAGAAGACAGCAGCUCAGCUCCGAGCUCAGAUCACCAUGUAUGAGACUGAGCUGGAACGAGCCCACGGGCAGAUGCUGGAGGAGAUGCAGGCGAUGGAGGAGGAAAAGAAUCGCGCCAUCGAGGAAGCAUUCUCCCGUGCCCAAGUGGAGAUGAAGGCAGUGCAUGAGAACCUGGCAGGUGUCCGGACCAACCUGCUGACACUGCAGCCGGCACUGCGCACCCUCACCCAUGACUACAACAGCCUGAAGCGGCAGGUCCGUGACUUUCCCCUGCUCCUCCAGGAGACCCUGCGGAGCGCCAGGGCCGAGAUCGGCCAAGCCAUCGCAGAUGUGCACAGCACCAACCAGGAGCUGCUGCGCAAGUACCGGCGGGAGCUGCAGCUCCGCAAGAAGUGUCACAACGAGCUGGUGCGGCUGAAAGGAAACAUCCGAGUUUUCGGGCGAGUCCGCCCUAUCAUGAAGGAAGAUGGUGAGGGCCCAGAGGCAGCCAACGCAGUGACCUUCGAUGCAGAUGAUGACGGCGUCCUGCACCUCCUUCAUAAGGGGAAGCAGGUGUCCUUUGAGCUCGAUAAGGUCUUCCCCCCACAGGCAUCUCAGGAGGAGGUGUUUCAGGAAGUUCAAGCCCUAGUCACCUCCUGCAUCGAUGGCUACAAUGUUUGUAUCUUUGCCUAUGGGCAGACGGCAGGAAAAACCUACACAAUGGAGGGAACAGCAGCAAACCCAGGGAUCAACCAGCGGGCCCUGCAGCUCCUCUUCUCUGAGGUGAGAAGCAAAUCAGCCGACUGGGACUACGCCAUCAGUGUCAGCGCUGCAGAGAUUUACAACGAGUCACUCAGGGACUUGCUGGGGAAGGACCCACAGGAGAAGCUGGAGAUCAAGCUGUGUCCCGACGGCAGUGGGCAGCUCUACGUGCCUGGGCUGACCGAAUUCAGGGUGCAGAGUGUGGAGGACAUCAACAAGGUCUUUGAGUUUGGCCACAUCAACCGGGCAACAGAGUACACGAACCUAAACGAGCACAGCUCCCGCUCCCACGCCCUCCUCAUUGUCACUGUCCACGGCCUGGACCGCAGCACCGGGCUCCGCACCACAGGGAAGCUGAACCUGGUGGACCUGGCGGGGUCGGAGCGGGUUGGGCGUUCGGGUGCAGAGGGCAGCCGGCUCCGUGAGGCCCAGCACAUCAACAAGUCCCUCUCAGCACUGGGGGAUGUCAUUUAUGCCCUGCGCUCCCGCCAGGGCCACGUGCCCUUCGCCAACUCCAAGCUCACCUACCUGCUGCAGGACUCUCUCAGUGGUGACAGCAAGACCCUCAUGAUGGUGCAGGUCUCCCCAGCUGAGAAGAACACCAGUGAGACACUGUGCUCCCUCAAGUUUGCUGAGAGGGUUCGCUCCGUGGAGCUGGGCCCUGUCUCUCGCAAGGCUGAGCUGAUCUCCUGGCCCAGCCAGGAGCAGCUGGAGUUCCUUCCCCUGGGGACUGGCUGGGCUGACCCUGGAGCCAUGUCCCAUCUCCCCCAGGGUGAUUCACCAGGGACAGCAGCAAUUCCCAUCCGGAGCCACGCGUCCCCCAGCCAGGGCAGCUCUCCGGGCGCUCUUCCUCCGUCCGCAGGAAGCUCCAGACCUCAGCCUGAAUUAGGGGUAACUGCGACUGCCAGGGAAGCUUGAGGCCAGUGCCGGUGUGACGAGUGCCAGCCCUGCCCCUCACAGCAGAGCCAUCUGCUGGGACACACGGAAAGCCCUGGUGCUGUGCUCCCGCCCAGCAGGACCUGUGACCAGGGGUGUUGGUCUCGCCAGGAAUGGCACAGGGGAGGGGUGUCCCAGCAGCCAGAGCCCCCAUCUCAGGCUGGGGGACAACGGUGCUGGCAGGGAUCUGCCCCUUCCAACACUUAGCUCUGUGGCUUUUACUGUUUGCUGGACAGACGAUUUUAGCCAGAGCAGGGAGCUGCUGGGUGCUCCCUCCAUUUCUCCAGCUCUGUUUUUAUAACUGGAAGGGUGGGCUCGGAGCCAGGCAAGACACCAGAUCUCUCCCCGCUGCCCCCGGGCCCGGCUGGUCGUGGCUCCUCCCAUGGCUGUGACCAGGCAGCUGCCUCACGUCUUGCAUUUUAAGCCAGAAAAAAAAAA